GGCAACUGUUUGCCGAGGUGUUGGCGGCACCGUGUUGCACAAGACAACAACCUCCGUUGGGAUCAAGCAAGACCUUUCGACACUAUGGGCGGCAACUUCUCCGUUGUAUGCGGCCUUGGAGGCAGCGACAGCGAUCGCGAUCCGCAAUUGCACUACCAGAGCAAGGACUUUGCACGGAGUUUCGACCAACCGACAAGCAGUCGCGGGCGCUCAAUGUCGGCCGCCACGGACUGCUCGAUAGCAUCCAUCCUGUCUAACUCGGAGCGGCUCAUCCCGGAUGCCUACAUGCCCAAGGACAUCCAGGUAGUAUCUCAACGUCGGCAGCGCAGUGGCCACCAUCACCACAUGGCGUCGCGUUCGUCCUUCGGCUUCAGCGGCAAGAACUCGUCCAGAGUCAGCAGCGCCUCUUCCAAAGGCCUGAACUCCGUGCGCGUUGUACGCAACAACGCAGCUGGUGAGAUUCCGGCUAGCGUGAACAAGACGUACAACUUCGGCAUCAAGACAGCGUCUUCCAGCUUUGGCUAUAGCGACGACGAGACCGCGAACACGGCGGGGUCUAGUCGUGGUGUGGAUAGCAGUCGAUUUUCGAUGCAAGAGCUUCGAGUUAAGUAAGUGGACGAAGAAUAGGAUCAAGUAGGUAUAUAAAGUAGGCUGUCAGCAAUGUACUAGUAGCUUAGAAGGCAGCAGGACGUAGCAAUAGAAAAACAAGAAGGACAAGUGUGACGUAUGAACAAGCAAAUGCAUUUGCAACCGUUGUGUGCAAUUCGCGAACGUC